AUGGAGCUGUGCCCUGCAGAGCGGCGAAGACGACGGCUCCGGGAGGCUUAUCAGGGGCCCGCAGUGGCCACCUGCGUCACCCUGCGGGCCGCCCGCGAGGCCCGCACCCCCGGCGGCGGGGCGGGGGCGGGGGCGCGCGCGGGGGGCCGCGGCCCGGGCGGGAGGCGAGGCCGCCGGGAGCUGAGGCGGGAGAAGCGGCGCCUGAGGAGGGCGCGACGGCGGCCGCACCCCGCGGGGCCCGAGCCCGCCGGCCCCGAGCCCGGCCCCGGCGCCGCCGCCGCGCGCAGACGGGCGCUGCUGGCGGCCAACGAGGAGGAGGACCGCGAGAUCCGCCGGCUGGAGCGCUGCCUCGGCCUCCGCGCGCGCGCCCGGGGCGGGCCUGGGGACGCGGUGCCGCCGGGCUUCGCCCGCGACGGGCUCGGCUACGUGCUGGGCGCGCUGGGCGCCGUGCGGGGCGCGGGCCUGGGCGCCGGCAGCGGCGAGGACGAGGACGAGGACGAGGACGAGGGCGCCGGCCCGACGCCCCCCGACAGCGACCUGGACAGCGGCUCCGAGCGCGGGGCGGCGGGGACGAGCGAGGAGCCCUCGGAGGAGGAGGAGGAGCCGGAGCCGCGGCCGCGGGAGCCCGGGACGCCGCGCGCCGCCGCCAGCGCCGCAGGGGCCGGCGCGGAGAGACGCGGCCCGAGGAGGGUCCGCUUCGCGGAGGACGGAGGAGGCGGCGCCGCGGACGCUCACGCGACGGCCCAGGUGGCGGCGACGCAGGGUCUUUGUGAACACGGUGAAACGUGCACCCUAGCCCCUGUGAGGCAAGUGGGGGGUGCUGCGGACACCGAGAAAGAGAAGGAGCUUGAGAGGCUGAGGAGACGCGUCAAAGGCCUGAUUAACAGAUUGAGCGAGCCCAACAUGGCCUCCAUCAGCGGGCAGCUGGAGGAGCUGUACAUGGCCCACAGCCGGAAGGACAUGAGCGACACGCUGACGGCCGCCCUGCUGAGCGCCUGCGCGCCGGACACCGCCAUGCCGGGCCGGCUGGUGAUGGAGCACGUGCUUCUGCUCAGCGUCCUCCACCACACCGUGGGGGUCGAGGUGGGCGCGCACUUCCUGGAGGCCGUGGUGCGGCGGUUUGACGCCAUCUACGCUGGCGGAGGCCCUGGAAAGGAGUGUGAAAACCUGCUGGCCAUCGUUGCCCACCUGUACAACUUCCGCGUGGUGCAGGCGCGCCUCGUCUUUGACGUCCUCAGGAAACUCGCCGCCACCUUCACGGAAAAGGACGUUGAGCUCAUCCUGGCGAUGCUGAGAAAUGUGGGCUUCUCGCUGAGGAAGGACGACGCAGUGUCGCUGAAGGAGCUGAUCGCCGAGGCCCAGGCCAAAGCCUCUGGCGCCGGCAGCCAGUUCCAGGACCAGACCAGGGUCCGGUUCAUGCUGGAGACGAUGCUGGCUCUGAAGAACAACGACAUGCGGAAGAUACCGGGCUACGACCCUGAGCCUGUGGAGAGGCUGAGGAAGCUGCAGAGGGCUCUGGUGCGCGGCAUCGGCUCAGGCGCCGACUCGCAGCUGCGCGUCUCCUGGGACGACGUCCUGAAUGCCCAGCAGACUGGCCGCUGGUGGAUCGUGGGGUCUGCGUGGAGUGGGGCACCAAUGAUCGACAACAGCCAGCAGGCGCGCCCUCGGCAGCCGGCAGGGACGGUUAGCGCCAAGAUUCUCGAGCUGGCGCGGAAGCAGAGAAUGAACACGGACGUCAGGAGAAACAUAUUCUGUACAAUCGUGACGAGUGAAGAUUUCUUGGACGCGUUUGAAAAGCUGCUCAAGCUGGGGCUGAAGGAUCAGCAGGAGAGGGAGAUCGUCCACGUGCUGGUGGACUGUUGCCUUCAGGAGAAAACCUACAACCCCUUCUACGCCUUCCUGGCGGGCAAGCUCUGCGAGUACGAGCGGCGGUUUCAGAUGACCUUCCAGUUCAGCAUAUGGGACAGACUGCGGGACCUGGAAAGCUUGCCCGCCACGAACUGCUCUAACCUGGUCCACCUGCUGGCUCACUUGCUGAAAACAAAAGCACUUCCGCUCUCCGUCUUGAAGGUAGUAGAAUUCAGCGAACUGGACAAACCCAGAGUCCACUUUUUGCGGAAAGUGUUACAUAAGCUGCUGGUGGAAACCGACGUCGAAGACCUCGCCUUAGUCUUCGCGCGGGUGUCCGACAACCCCAAGCUGGGUGUGUUUCGCGAGGGCCUGAAGCUUUUCGUCAGCCACUUCCUGCUGAGGAGCGCGCGGCACCGGAGCGCGGAGGAUGCCAGCCUGCUGCGGGAGAGGGCGGAGCUGGCCGCCCGGUCCCUGCAGGGGAAGGCCUCCCUGCGCCUGUAGCCGGGGCCCUGGCUGGAAACUGCUUUGUGAGCCCAGAGGCCUGCCACUGGGCUCACUGGCGGCGCCUUCAGGAUGUGCUCAGAUGCUGCACUGGAAGUCACUUUGGAUGCGCGGCUGUGGUGGGGGCUGGGCAUCCCUAGCGGGGGGGCCUUGGGUCGGAGGGCCACCAGGCGGUGCAGCUGUGAAGAGGUGGACGCGUCUGUGCAUCGGUUAGCAGUGCAGACCUGUCUGCGACGUGGCGCCUGAGCGGGUGUCGGGAGCCGGCGGGUUCGAGCCUCGUCCCACCUGCACGACGGUGCGCGGGUCUUCUCCUCUCGUCUCCCUGAGGUCUGACCCGUGAGGCCAGAACCUGCCCCUGUCCAUCGAGUCGCUCUGCUCCCGACGGCAGCAUCUGCACGGGCUGCUGGCAAGUGGGGUUCUAGGAAAUGCAGAGCCGACAGAACAGAACCAGUGCGUGCUGAGGCACCAACUGACUGGCCCCCGCUCCACCUGGCUGAGACCGCCCGGGCCAUCCCAGGGGCUGUGUGCGCCGUGUCCCCGGCCCUUAGCGUUUGGUUCUCCCUUGGCUGCUGAAGACAUGCGCCCCCCCUUGGACCUUGGGAGGAGCCGCCAGGGCGUGCGCAGAGCAGCGGUGGACACCCUGGCCCUGGCUUUAGCCGACAUGGGCGGGAGACCAGGUGGCGGCCCACCCCAAGGCAGUGCUGAGCCCCGGCACCGCAGCCCCAAGGCAGGGUGUGGGGAGCCUCCCCUUGGGAAGGUGGGGUCCUGCCUCGGGUACUGGCAUCGGACGCCCUGGCUAGGGACGCUGCUGCCGGGGUGAGAACAGACCUCCAGCCGCCUGGACGGGCGCGUGUCCUGCAGGAGACCCCCGCUGGGCGCCCGGUCCACACGUGCGCUUUUAUUACAACAAAAUCAAAAUCUGUCCAGGGGCUGCCUGUGACCUCAUCCUUCGCCUCGAUUCCGCGCUGUUAAAGGGCAGGUUGUCUCGAAGUCUGUCCCUCAGAAACCUUGUUAAGAGCAGGCCACUGCCGUACAACACCGAGACGCGGUGUGUAACAACAAACAAACGUGGCCACGGACGGUGUUUGCUCUCAGGUAGUCCUGCUUCAGCGGACACCUUGACCAGAGUCCACAGUUUUGACCACAAGCUGCCAUGAGUUCCAAGUGCGCAUGGGGGCUGCGGCUGGGGCAGGCUGGCCCUGGGCACCUCAGACGGCUCCACUAACCACAUCCUGUGGCGUAGCUAGGAACUCUCCAAAGCCGGAGACCUCCCGCCGCCUUCUCAAGUGAGCGCCAGGCCUGGGGUGGACCAGCGGUGCCCUGGGGGUGCUCGUGGGGGAGCAGGAGCAGAGCCUAGUGAGGUCAGAGCCUGGGUGUCAGGCAUGGGGAGGCCCAGGCAGUGGACUCGACUCCAGCAGGCCUGCGAGUGGCACAUCCCUUGGGGAGGCAACGCCCAGGGUGUUCUCUGCACCAUUGGCGAUGACGCUGUUCCAGGAACUCCUUUAUCCCUGAAGGGCAACUCCAGUGUCGCCCCCAAAGCAGGAGACGACCCUACAGGACCCAGAACCCCUCGCCCAGGCUCCUGUCUGUUGGGGGGCGGGGCGGGGCUUGCCCUGCCCUGCCCUGCCCUGCUGUGUGGUCUCCUGGGGCCCUGGGUCUGUCUGGAUGGAAGCUGCUCUCCCCGGUCCAGCGCCCCCUGCGGCAGCCCGGCCAGC